AAAUUCAAUACUUGUCAAUUUCAGGAGAGGCAGUGGGGGACAAGGUUUUAUGAGUGGUGCCGGAGAAACUGAGCUUCAGCUUCAGCGACGAAGAAUAUUAGAGAGGAGAAAUUAUUUAUUAUCUCAAAUUGAAGAGGUACGCCGCACCAGGGCUUUGCAGCGUGCUGGUCGCAGGAGGCGUGGAGGUUCAUCUGGACAAGGCUUAGCCACUGUUGCUGUUGUUGGAUAUACAAAUGCUGGAAAAUCUACAUUAGUAAGUAGGUUAUCAGGCAGUGAUCUCUAUAGUGACUGUAGAUUGUUUGCCACAGUUGAUCCUAGAGUAAGAAGUGCAGUUCUUCCGUCGGGAAAGAAAGUGCUUUUCAGUGACACAGUAGGAUUCAUAUCUGACUUGCCUGUACAGUUGGUGGAAGCAUUUCAUGCAACACUAGAAGAAGUGGUGGAAGCAGACCUGCUUGUGCAUGUUGUAGAUUCAAGUGCUCCCAAUCUUGAUGAGCAUCGCACAACAGUGUUACAAGUUCUUCGACAAAUAGGAGUGUCAGAAGAGAAGCUUCGGAAUAUGAUUGAAGUUUGGAACAAGAUUGAUAUGGAAGAAGAAUGCAUGGACGUUGAUGAAUAUGUUGUUGAUGAAGAUGAAGAAGGCGUCGAGGUAGAAGAUGAUGUGAAAUCUGAAUUAUUAGCAGAAAAUGAAGGCAUGAAGGAGGUUGGUUUUGAGGCCAUGGAAGAAAAAGAAUAUUCUGAUGGUUGGUUAUAUGAUGAUGAUGAUGAUUUGGGCGAUGAAGGGGACCGACUAAAUCAGUCCAUUGAAAAGCACAGUGGUCUGGACAAAGAAUCUGGUCCACAUGUGAAAACAUCUGAUAUCACAGGAGUUGGGUUGCAAGAAUUGCUCGAAUUAAUAGAUCAGAAACUUUGUGUUCAGAACAAUAAGGGUGCACAGGUGGUUGGAAGAAGCAUCUAUGAACGAAAAUGGAGGCCUUCCCACAAUCAGGAGUCUGGCAUAGCAGUGGAACAGUAGAUAGGAUUCUGUACUGUCUUUCCUUGCUUCCUUCCCAUGUCCAAGUUUGAUCAUCAAAAACUAGUGAAUUGUGAUCGAGGGACACAAUAUUGCCUCUACAAUCCAUCCAGAUGCUGCUCAUGCCACAAUCUUCCAUUAAUUUAGCACUUCAAAUUUUAAUAAAGUUGAUGUAAUGAGUUACACAAGUUAUACACUUCCUGCCAAAAAGGAAAAAUAGGUCCAUUGGUGUAUAAUUGAAGUAAUAAUAGCAGAAUAGUGGUACACAAUUAACCAUAGUUUCAUUCAUUUUUUGAAAGGAUUAUUACACUGCAAUUUUGUAUACACAACAGAAUCACUGAUGUAAACGUCAUUGCUUAUCACCUUUCGAUUAGCUCGAUGUAAUUUAUCUCUGUUUAAAA